AUGCGAGAUGCCACAAAUCAAUUCAAACAAAAGACUUUUUGUGCACUCAAAACACCGAAUUGUUGGGUCAAAUCUGGUGUGGAGUUCACAAAUAUAAAAUGCGUCUCACUAGACAGGAAAUUUACUGAGUUUGAGUAUUGUUUCAUAAAAGCUGUUAAUCGGACUUAUAAGUAUAUAUCAGUUAAGGCAAAAAUGUAUCAAAUUGCUGAUAGUAAUCUUGAGGUAAAAUUUCAAUUUAUGAAAAAAGAAAAUGGUUAUAAGCCUUUUCUAUAUCGGAAAACCAUUGAUGGAUGUAGAUUUAUGAAAACGUUUUAUGACCCAGUGGCAAAAUUUUUCUAUGAUUUAUUUAGCCCCUACACAAAUAUUAAUCACACAUGCCCGUUUGAUCACGAUUUAAUUAUCGACAAAAUGGAUGUAGUUUCAACGAACUACAAAUUUACGAGCUUACUGCCUUUUCCGAGAGUACAUCUGUUAUGCGGCAAACGGAAUCGCUGCGACAAAGGCAAGCCCAAAGGAAGUUCUGCGUUGCAAUGGAUGACAGUUGCAUGCAAUCAUGUUGAAAUUAAUCAACAUCAACAAUGA